AUAAAACCGUUCUAAGAUUCUAAAAUCGUUCUAUUUACUAAAAACGUUAAAUUUAAAAAAGUACAGGUUUUGACAGGAAUGGUUUUAUGUUUUUAGAACCGUUUAAUAGAAACCCCUACUGCCGCUAUGGUACCUUACCAAGGAGGUAGGUACCUUAGGUAUUCUCUUGGCCUGGAGCUCAGGCUUGAUUAGCAGCAAGGAGCGACUAACAGGUUAACAGGUACCAGGUUUAGGUCACUUAGCUGGUGCGCCCUACCGAUAAUGGAUAAGGUAGCAGCGCUAAGAUAACCACCGACGUCAAUUUGUUACCGCCGCAUAUCUAAAAGUUCAGCCUCGUCAAUUCAAAACAUUCAUCAACAUAAACACACGCAAAAUAUAUGAUUCUAUAUGAUUCACCAAUGCACCACUUAAUAUCAUAUGUACGAAGACUCAGAAUUGCUACCUGAAGAUGGAGAUGGAUGUGGACAUGAUGGCAGCGGAGGGCGCAUUGGGAGGAACCAGCCCUAUGCAAGAUCAUGUCAAUCUCACUCCUCGAGAUGAGUGGGCAAAGUUUCUCGAUCGAUGCCUCUCAUCUCGUCUCGACGUGGAUCCUUUCGAGUCAUAUAUUCCUAUUAUGCAAUCGAGAUACCCGUUACCUCCAGCUGCUAUCGCCGAUAUCUUUUUGAAACCCCAACCUUCGAAUCCCGAAAGCCUCGAUCCUCGCAUCCCACAAUAUUUCCAAGUCCUCGUCAAGCACAAACUCAUCGACAUCCCUUCUAUACUCAAGGCUCUAUAUAAAUAUUCGACAUCUCAUACGCAAGCUUCGAAGACCGGUAAUGGUUCGCUGCAAAAUCCAUAUAACAAAACACAGCUGAGAUGGGGUAAUUCCUACAAUGCUGAAGAGUUUAUAUUCUACCGCCUGACGAAGUCGGUUUCCAUGGGAUCAGGUAUUGGAAGCGCCGGUGAUGCCCUACAGAUAUGCAGAUUAAUGGCUCAAUGGAUGACAUUAUUCACUUCGGCUUCAACAGCAUUUGCGAACGACGUCAUGAGCCAGCUGCAUAACCCACAGUCUAGGGAUGAGAUGGAAGCGGCUAGAGCUGCGUUUGUUAUGCUUCUUCUAGCUAUCUGCGAGAGCCCAACAUUUCUGAGCGCUCUUAGUCGCCCUUUUGCAAAACAUGCGCGAAGGGCCUUGUCCGAAAGUCUGGCAAGCUUCAUCCCGUCCAUCCUUCAGAGUGCGUCGCAGAUAGCUGGUCGGCUCGAGCUAUUCCGCACCGAGACACUUGCCUCUUUCGAGCCGGCUGAUAAGAAGAAGGACAUCACUCAUCCUGGUUUCGAUGACAUUGAGUCGUCGAUGGCUCUAGAUAAUUUUGUUGUGCCUGAGCUGCCAAAUGUUAACUCGCGAGCUGGUUUAUAUAUCUACUUGAAUGCCUCACUCGUUGGAAGACCCCUGAUCGACGAUGCUGCCCUCUUCAACUAUUUGCACAAUAGGUAUCAGGGAGAUGUACAAUCCGCCACGAUUGAUCUGAUACUAGCUUCGUUCGAUAUCCUCGCAAACGCAGUAUUUCGAAAUGAAGGACAACAGGCGAGCUACCUUCUUCGGUCUUAUUUGAUCAACAAAUUACCCCUGCUUCUGGCAACGUUGGCAACGUCCAUGUAUCCCCCGUUAUCAGCUCAAUUUUGUAUCACUGAGGCACUUAACAACGUCGAUACUAAUGCUUUCCCAACCCUAUCUGCCAUGUUUGAUGAUACACACAACAGUAAUACCUUUACCGAUAGCGUCCGCCAGGACUUUUGUUUCGCUUGCUGUCUUCAUGGAUUAAUCCCGGAGUCGAGUAUCGAAGGAUUACUCGGCGAAAUUACAUAUCAAACUUUACCGCAGGCAGGUCGAUAUGUCAAGGAGCGACUAGUCGAGGAAUGUAUAGGUGACCCUGAGAGAAUUCAACGAUUCGUCGGCGAACUAGACAAUAUGGACGGCAACGUCGGAGCAGUCUGCCAAGCUCUAGCAGAGCUUAUUGGUCAUCUUUGCAACAACAAAGAAACUAUGACUUUGAAGCUUCUCUGCAGCCAACUUGCUAAAAAGCCUCUUCUACUGGAUGUAAUGCUUCUUUUCUGCAAACCAAUUACUGUGCUCCACCCUCUCUGCGAGCUGCUGGAUAACCACUGGCGUUACGAAGAAGAUCAAGGGGAAUACCAACCUGUUUAUGAGGAAUUCGGAUCCGUACUGCUUUUAGUCUUGGCAUUUGUCCAUCGUUAUAACCUUUCAACCAUGGAUCUUGGCAUUCGAUCAGACUCGUUUGUGGCUAAAUUACUCACUGUACACCAAUUCAGUAGACCACUGGACGAGUUAACAGACAAAGAGAACGGCCAUCUAGAUAGCUGGAUACGAGGCCUUUUCGAUACUGAAUCUGGGGGGCUAGCGGACGAACUACUAUCUUCGUGUCCCCCGCAGGACUUCUAUCUACUUGUUCCGACACUGUUCCAGCAAAUUGUUCUCGCAUACUGCACAAACCACCUUGACGAAGAAAGCCUCAAAACCGGCGUUGAAUACUUAGUUAAUACGUUCCUACUUCCAUCUCUAGUACCGGCAAUCUUAUAUAUGUCAAAUCUGCUUUGGGUAGAGCUCAGUCACGGUCAGGAGCACAAAGCAGUUAUCAGGAUUCUGCAAUUGAUCCUCUUAACAAAACAGGGCUCAACCGAGGCCCAGACGAUGCUGUCGUCCGUUGUGAAUAUCAUCGCAAUACCACUAGAUUCUUCACUGAGAUCAUGCCAGCGAUGGGACCCCAAAAAUCAGGCAAUCGAACCUCUACUUAAGGCGAUGAGGGAGAAUAUGCGCCUCUCGCGGCGGACCGCUAGUGCUGCUAACAACGAGCUCGAGGCAUGGUGUGGUACAGCGAAUGGGGGACUGGCUGCGCUUGUUCGACAUUUGGUGCAAGGCUUUGUAUCGUGGAGUGUUCAUCCGGGUCUUAAUGUAAUGCCGACUUCAUAUACACAUCGCCAGAUUUUAACCGCUUUGAGAAUACUUGGCGCAAAGCGAUUCCUAUACAUUAUCCUAGAGGAAGUUAAGGUGCAGACGGAAGCCGGUAACGGAAGUAUCGCCCACGAUAUUGCUACCGCUCUAAUUUGUGCUCCCGAUGUAACCAAUCUACAACCACCGACAGGAGCAAUGCUUCAUUUAGACUCCCCAAACCGGCCCUAUGUACCUCCACAGCCACGGAUUUCCCUUCAAGCAGCCUUGAAGGCGGAGGCGGAAGACUGCAAAACCAUCCAGAAGUCGGACCCGGUCAUGGCCGAGAUCAUUGUUCGAUUGUACCGCAAAGUGGAAGCGCAGAUGCUCAUACCGCCACCUGCCGAGUCAAUGCUCCAGAGCGACCUAUCCAACCUAGGACUGGGCGGAAACGCGCACGCUCUCGGGGACGCGUUAGCUGCCGCCGCCCAAAACGAAGGUUUGGGGGCAAACGACGGAGGCAUGAAUCUGGAUCUUGGAAACGGGGGCCACGACAUGGGCCAUCUCGGUGGUCCGGGCGACCCGGGCCACCACGGCGGGAUAGACUUUGGCUCAAGCGACGAUAUGUUUAGCGGCCUCGGCGGUGGCGGUAGCGGUGCCGAUCUACUUGACAAUUGGGAUUUAACUUGAAUACGAGCGGUCCCGCGUUAGACAUUGCAUUGCGCUGGGACAAUGUUAUGAAUAAUCCUUUUCUGCUGUUGGGUUAAGCGUAGGUUAGUCAGGCGAGCAAGGCGUUUUUUUUUUCUCUUAUGGAUAGGAGAAGCGAUGUUCGUCGAUUCUAAAGAGGUUUAGCUACCUAGGUAGGUAGGUAGCUAUAAUUCAAGGGUAUGGGAUUAUGAAGCAGCUGCAAGAACUAAUACAUGUCAUGGUUGUUUAUCCAUUUUGGGUACUUUGAGUUGAUAUAUGGUUGGUGAGUUCCAAUAUGUCUGAAAUUCGCUGAUGGGGAGGGUUAAUGUCUAUGUGCAAUGUCUAUAUGGUAUGGUUGGUGAAAACGGCACUUAUAAUGAAACGCCUCCCUAGAUCUAUAAAUUAUAAUCAUGUACCUAUAUAUAAAGCCUAUUUCUAAACUAAAGUAAGUUAUUGAAGAAUGUUUGAGAUAAGAAUCAAUUACUAUAACUUCCGAUUUUAUCUAGUUAACAUGUAGG